AUGAAGAAGUUUGGCAAUAUUUAUCUUAUCGCGGCCACGUCCGUCAUAGGUGGCGCGCUAUUCGGUUUCGAUAUCUCGUCUAUGAGUGCUAUUAUCUCAACUGCCCCCUACAAGUGCCAGUUUAACCAGCAAGGCAACAAACCUGGAACGAAUGAGUGCCAGGGUCCAGAUGCUCUCGUACAAGGUGGCAUCACCGCCGCCAUGCCCGGAGGUUCUUGGCUUGGCGCUCUCAUCUCCGGUGUCCUUACGGAUAUCUUCGGUCGAAAGACGUCUAUUCAGAUCGGUGCCAUUAUUUGGAUAAUCGGUUCUAUCAUUAUCUGCGCUGCCCAAAACAUCCCGAUGCUAAUCGUCGGUCGUAUCAUUAACGGUAUCAGCGUGGGUAUCUGUUCGGCUCAGGUUCCGGUUUACAUCUCCGAGUUGUCACCGCCGUCUAAACGAGGUCGAUUCAUUGGAAUGCAACAAUGGGCCAUCACCUGGGGUAUUGCGAUCAUGUUCUUCUUAUGCUACGGCUCCAGCUUCAUCAACGGAGCCGCCGCAUUCCGUCUCCCGUGGGGUCUGCAAAUGAUUCCGGCCCUUCUACUCUUCUUCGGCUUGACGGUUCUCCCCGAAUCGCCUCGUUGGUUAGCGAAGCACGAUCGUUGGGAGGAGGCCAAAGAAGUGCUCGUUCUGGUCCACGGCCAAGGAAACCCUGACUCUCAACUAGUCGCUAAGGAGAUGGCAGAAAUCAAGGAAGCGGUUGACUUCGAGCGUCAGAAUGCAGACGUGUCUUACCUAGAGCUGUUCCGUCCUAAGAUGAUUAACCGAACUCACAUUGGUAUCUUCACUCAGAUCUGGUCGCAGCUUACCGGCAUGAACGUCAUGAUGUACUACAUUUCCUACAUCUUCACGAUGACGGGCUCGGGUGAUGAUGUACUACUGCCUAGCGGUAUUCAGUUCAUUAUCAACGUCGUCAUGACCGUUCCGGCUCUUAUCUGGCUUGAUAGGUGGGGUCGUCGUCCGACCAUGCUUAUCGGUGCGUUCUUCAUGUGCCUCUGGCUCUCCAUCAAUGCUGGUUUGUUUGCCGUAUAUUCGCACGCGCCUGCCCCUCACCAGUUCGAUACCGCUGCCAUCUCCAUGGUCAUUAGUGGAAGACCCGCCACGGCUGUGAUCGCAAGUACCUACCUAUUCGUCGCAUCCUACGCGCCGACAUGGGGUCCUUGCUCUUGGACCUACCCAGCUGAGCUUUACCCGCUUCGCGUGCGUGGAAAGGCUGUUGCUCUUGCUACGUCUGCUAACUGGGCCUUCAACUUUGCGCUCGCGUACUUCGUUCCCCCCUCGUUCGCUAACAUCACAUGGAAGACGUAUGUUUUGUUCGCCGUAUUCUGUUUCGUCAUGUUCUUCCACACAUUCUUCCUGUUCCCCGAGACCUCCAAUAAGACUCUUGAGGAGGUCGCCGCUACCUUUGAGGACGACGGCCCCGGCUCUUUCAAAUAUAUUGGUGUCCCGGCUUGGAAGACCCACAACGAUCGUUCCAUUCUCCGCAUCGAACGCAACCUUGUCAGCUCCGAAGAAAAGAUCGGCAUUGAACAUUCAACCUCGGCCAAGAUUUAG